AUGUCUGUUAACAGCCUAAAUUCAACUUUGGUCCAUAUGAUGGAGUCGGGCGAGUUCAGCGAUCUCAAGUUUGUUUGUCAAGGAGAGGAAUUCCAGGUCCACAAGGCCAUUGUUUGUGGGAAGUCUCCUGUGAUCAAGGCAGCAAUUCAAAGAGGAUUUAAGGAAUCUCACACCAAUGUCAUUGUGCUGGAUAGCUUCCAGUGUAGUACUGUGAAGCGGUUGGUCCAAUUCAUAUACACUGGUGAUUAUGAUGAUCCCGAAACGCCUCAGGCCGACGGGAAUGCUUGCUCUGGCAACACCGACAAGGCUGAUGAAGGUGGGAUAUUUGACCCUAGUACCUGGGCAUAG